UUCCGACCGGAAGUUGGGAUUUUCUGGCAGGAAAUUAUCAGCGGUGUUUUUGUUGCUAGUGGGGACUGUUGUGAAAAUGGCGACGCCUCGUCGCUCUUCUCAGCAGCAACCAAACUCCCUGCUGUCCUCUCCGCCCCGCGGCUCCUCUCUCCCCGUCACCCCGCCUGGCUCCCCGCCGACACCCACCGACGAUGCUUCCCCGCUUCCCCGCCCUGUCGGAAUGGAGAGCGCGGCUGACGGUGAGGUAGCCCCGGCUUCUCCCACCGCCACCUCCCCAGCUCUGGCCCUGGCUGCCGGAGGUGGCAGCAGCAGCAGCAGCACUAGCAGCAGCACUAGCAGCAGUGCUAGCUCCCCAACCAGCACCGAGGGUAGCGGGACCAGUCCCAGCUCCACCCCCGACUCAAGCAGUGGUAACCCGUGUAACAGCAGCAGCGGGAGCGGCGGUGCAAACGGGGCUUUUAGAGAGCUAUUUGAAGCCUGUCGAAACGGGGAUGUUUCUCGGGUGAAGAAAGUCGUGGAUGCGGUGAAUGUGAACGCCAAAGACAUGGCUGGACGCAAGUCGACACCCCUGCACUUCGCUGCAGGCUUUGGUAGGAAAGAUGUGGUGGACCACCUGCUUCAGACGGGCGCUAACGUGCACGCUCGGGACGACGGGGGUCUGAUCCCGCUACACAAUGCCUGCUCGUUCGGUCAUUCUGAGGUUGUCUCCUUGUUGCUGUGUCAAGGGGCGGACUCUAACGCUCGAGACAACUGGAACUACACGCCUCUACAUGAAGCUGCCAUAAAAGGCAAGAUAGACGUCUGUAUAGUGUUGCUGCAGCACGGAGCCGACCCCAACAUCCGCAACACUGAUGGCAAGUCCGCCCUGGACCUGGCUGAGCCCUCCGCCAAGGCUGUGCUUACAGGUGAAUACAAGAAGGAUGAGCUGCUGGAGGCGGCAAGGAGUGGAAACGAGGAAAAGCUAAUGGCCUUGCUCACGCCGCUCAACGUCAACUGCCACGCGAGCGACGGACGCAAGUCCACCCCACUCCACCUGGCAGCAGGAUACAACAGGGUGAGGAUAGUUCAGUUGUUGCUACAGAACGGAGCAGAUGUCCACGCCAAGGACAAGGGUGGUCUGGUGCCUCUACACAACGCCUGCUCUUAUGGACACUACGAAGUUACUGAGCUGCUGCUAAAGCACGGAGCUUGCGUGAACGCCAUGGAUCUGUGGCAGUUCACCCCGCUACACGAAGCGGCGUCUAAAAACAGAGUGGAGGUCUGCUCCCUGCUGCUGAGCCACGGGGCCGACCCGACCCUGCUCAACUGCCACAGCAAGAGCUCCGUGGACAUGGCACCCACUCCUGAGCUGAAGGAGAGACUCACAUAUGAAUUUAAGGGCCACUCGCUCCUUCAAGCUGCUCGGGAAGCUGACAUGGCCAAGGCUAAGAAGACGCUGGCGCUGGAGAUCAUCAACUUCAAACACCCUCACACGCAUGAGACGGCGCUGCAUUGUGCGGUAGCGUCGCCUCACCCCAAAAGGAAACAGUUGACGGAGCUGUUGCUGAGGAAGGGCGCCAACGUCAAUGAGAAGAACAAAGACUUCAUGACUCCUCUCCACGUGGCAGCAGAACGGGCUCAUAAUGAUAUCAUGGAGGUGCUGCAGAAACAUGGAGCAAAGGUGAACGCCCUGGAUACGCUGGGUCAGACGGCGUUGCACCGCGCGGCUCUGGCAGGCCACCUCCAGACCUGCAGGCAGUUGCUAGGAUACGGGGCAGACGCCUCGCUGGUGUCACUGCAGGGUUUCACUGCUGCUCAAAUGGGAAAUGAAGCCGUUCAGCAAAUUCUCAACGAGAACGUGCCGGUGAGAAACUCGGAUGUGGACUACAGACUUCUGGAAGCCGCUAAAGCCGGAGACCUGGACACCGUCAAGUCGCUGUGCACGGCUCAGAAUGUGAACUGCAGGGAUCUGGAGGGACGACACUCCACCCCUCUUCACUUUGCUGCUGGCUACAACAGGGUAUCAGUGGUGGAGUACCUGCUGCACCACGGCGCUGACGUGCACGCCAAGGACAAAGGUGGUCUGGUUCCCCUCCACAACGCCUGUUCGUACGGUCACUACGAGGUGGCCGAGCUGCUGGUGAGACACGGAGCCUCGGUCAACGUGGCCGACCUGUGGAAGUUUACGCCGCUCCAUGAAGCUGCUGCGAAGGGAAAAUACGAGAUCUGCAAACUGCUGCUGAAGCAUGGAGCAGACCCCACCAAGAAGAACAGGGACGGCAACACGCCCCUGGACCUGGUGAAGGACGGGGACACCGACAUCCAGGACCUGCUGAGAGGAGACGCUGCCCUGCUGGAUGCUGCUAAGAAAGGCUGCCUGGCCAGGGUACAGAAGCUGUGUAGCCCCGACAACAUCAACUGUCGUGACACGCAGGGACGCAACUCAACUCCGCUGCACCUCGCAGCCGGCUACAACAACCUGGAGGUAGCAGAGUAUCUGUUGGAACAUGGAGCCGACGUGAAUGCGCAGGACAAAGGAGGACUGAUACCUUUGCACAACGCUGCUUCAUACGGGCAUGUGGACAUAGCUGCCCUGCUCAUCAAGUACAACACGUGUGUUAACGCCACAGACAAGUGGGCGUUCACUCCCCUCCACGAGGCGGCCCAGAAAGGCCGGACACAGCUCUGUGCUCUGUUGUUGGCCCAUGGAGCCGAUCCCACCAUGAAGAACCAGGAGGGGCAAACACCGCUGGACUUGGCUACGGCUGAUGACAUCAGGGCUUUGUUAAUCGAUGCCAUGCCACCUGACGCCCUGCCAAGCUGUUUAAAACCACAGGCCACGGUGGUGAGCGCCACUGUGGUGAGUACAGGUGCGGCCGGGGGCGUGGUCAUCUCUCCCUCUCCCUCACCGUCCUGCCUAUCAGCAGCCAGCAGCAUAGACAACCUGACCACACCCCUCAGUGACAUCACGGUGGCCGGGGCCACUGGCAUCGCAGACGGAGCAUCUGGGUCUGACAGGAAGGAAGGAGAAACUCUGCUCGACAUGACCAUCAACCAGUUCUUAAAGAGUCUGGGACUGGAACACCUCAGAGACAUCUUCCAACGGGAACAGAUUUCACUGGAUGUGCUGGCAGACAUGGGUCACGAGGAGCUGAAAGAGAUCGGCAUCAAUGCUUACGGCCACAGACACAAACUCAUCAAGGGCAUCGAGAGGCUGCUGGGAGGCCAGCAAGGGGCAAACCCGUACCUGACGUUCCACUGCUCCAGCCAGGGCACCGUGCUGAUCGACCUGGCACCGGACGACAAGGAGUUCCAGUCUGUGGAGGAGGAACUCCAAAGCACUAUCAGAGAACACCGCGAUGGAGGCAACGCAGGCGGAGUCUUCAGCCGGUACAACAUCAUUAAGAUCCAGAAGGUUGUGAAUAAAAAGCUACGAGAGAGAUAUGCACACAGGCAAAAGGAGAUUGCAGACGAGAAUCACAACCACCACAAUGAGCGCAUGCUCUUUCACGGUUCUCCCUUCAUCAACGCAAUCAUCCAUAAGGGCUUUGACGAGCGUCACGCCUACAUUGGUGGCAUGUUUGGUGCGGGCAUCUAUUUUGCUGAGAACUCGUCAAAGAGCAACCAGUACGUGUACGGGAUCGGUGGAGGAACAGGAUGCCCCACGCACAAAGAUCGCUCCUGCUACGUGUGUCACAGACAGAUGCUUUUCUGCAGGGUGACGCUGGGUAAGUCAUUCCUUCAGUUCAGUGCCAUGAAAAUGGCCCACGCACCCCCUGGACACCACUCCGUUAUAGGGCGUCCCAGCGUCAAUGGUCUGGCGUAUGCAGAGUACGUCAUCUACAGAGGGGAGCAGGCGUACCCAGAAUACUUGAUCACCUACCAGAUCGUGAAGCCGGAGAGUCUGGCUGCGCCUGCUGCCACGGAUGAGCAGAAGUCCUAAGAUAACGGCCACAGUUGGAUCAGAUAAGUGUUGGUGUGACGGUCGUGGACAAGAGCCGCUUAAGACUAGAAGUGAACAAUAAGAUGUUUCGGACCUCAGAGCUGAACCGGAGAUGGGUGACGUGAAGUGUGAAGUCAGACGACCCACGGGAGCAGACUCGGCUGUGUCUGAGGAAGGAAAGACCGUGUGUUGAGUUCUGGGUACCAUACAUGUUCAGUCAAAGCAGCAGACAGCAAAAAUCCAUCUUUAUUUAAUCGGCCCUAAUUUUGAGGAGGAAAUGCAAAUGUUUGAUCAUUGAUGUGCACCAGUAAGAUGUUUCCAGGCCCAUGGCUUAAUCUACAAAUUAAAGUAAUUAGAAGAGGCAACAGUCCAAAGCCUAACAAACACUGCUGUUUUUGCACCUUUGCACUGCUCGUGUAUUCUACCCCCACAUCUUAAUGAGUUGUUUUGAUAUUCAUGUCCUCUUUUGGCUUUGUGCAUCAUCCACAACAACACCCGCAGGCAAAUUUCGGAAGCGGAGAUUGUCACGCUGGGAGAACAAAAAGAGUGUAUUUUAUGUCGCAGCUCCUCACAUUUUCAACAGCGAGGCUGAUGUAAACAAGACAGCAGAGAAGAAGCCGUGAAAUGAGAGUGAACACAGUAGUAAAAGGGGUUAGUGUGGACUAAAACACUGAAGGUUAACCGGACACUACAAGACCACAAUCCACUACUGUGAGUGCAGCCUGCAGUCUUUAGACCAUCGCCCACAGCCACCACUCAGACCAAUAUUAUUUAUUCCAAAACCACUGCUGUGAGCCACAUGAAGGACUCAACAAACACACGGUCAUUACAUAGAGAUUAUUCCUAAUUAUAAAAGGAAGUUUUGGGUUUACCAGAGUACUGGAAAAGAUUAUGACCCUGUUAUAUGUACAUAGACACUCUCUCGGCUGCCUCGCACGCUCCCAUUUCUUUGUAUCACACUUCACUUGAAGCGGCUCAGUGUUAAAACUGCACUACAGGGACGUUGUGCCAGUAUGUCACAUUAAAUGCCAGAAGGACCCUAAAAAAAAGUCACAUGACAGAUACAAAUUAAGCCAGUUUUCUCUGGAUGGUGCUUGCCUUCUGCUAUUAUAAAGUUUUGUUACAUAAUUUGGAGGAGAGACAUUUGGCAAAUUAUUAUUCUACUUAAAUUUAAUUGGUCAUAACAGGUGAGGUGAGGUUUUUAUUUGCUGCCUAUUGCAGCUUCACAGUUACAUGUUUCUGCUGCCGCACAUCAUCUACAUUCACAUGAUGCAGUUUUAUUUUGUCUCUUAAUGUCUCUGGGACGGAACCACAUUCACCCCGUGUGGUUGUUUACAUGAACCUGCUGCCUUCUUUCCUCUCUAACUGCACCUGGUGGUGCCCUCUAGUGGUACAACAGAGGAACUGCUUGUGCUACUGUCUGAAAGCUACACAUGCAGUAGUAGAAAUCGAGAAGGCUUUUAUGCAAGCAUUUAAUUUACAAAGAUAUUUAUGGAUUUCCGAGGCAUUUCUAUUUUUUUUUUUUUUUUUUUUGAGUAACCUUUAUACUCCUGAGUUUACACUCCUCAAACAUUAAGCAAAUACUGAGCCUUCUCAUUGUAUCUUAGCAAACCUUUCAGCCGGCUGGUCACAGGCUGCAAAAAGAUAUUUAUAUAACCAGGAAUCUGCAGGUUGAAUAAAGAGGGUAAUCACAUGUUGUACAUACCAUACGACGAACAAUCACACAUCUGUACUAAAUAUUACUUAACACUAGGAUGUACAACGACUCUCGUUACAGAUUUCCUCUCACUAUGUAUUGUUGAGCUUUUUUUAACUACACUAACCAUGUUUUUAUUAUUCACACAGAACAUGGGACCACGCAGAGUUGUCAUUGUGUUGAUGGCUGACAGAAAGGGAUUUAAAAGUUGUUGGGACUGAGAAUGUUGUGUUGGAAGCUCUUGGAAAGUGAUUGUGCUUUAUUAUGAGUUCAUCUAAAUCAGACACUAAGAGAGAUAGCUGGUUUAUAUCUACUAUGUUUGUGUUGGUUUAGUUUGAACGUGAAACUAAUGACUGAUUAAAUCUGACUGCUCUGAUAUUUGAUUUGUUUUUUCACUGAGACAUUAACAGUAUCUGCAACAAAUUUCCAUUUCUGUUCAUCCCUAUAACAGAAAUGAUGUGAAUCAUUUCAACAAAUGACUAAAUCAGUCACUGCAGAUAAUAAAUAAGUAAAUGAAACAAAUGUGCAACGACAAACCAGCUUUCAAAUGAAAAAGUAAAGCUGCUGCACUGGAACACAAUAAAUAUCCCCUGCGUUAAAUUUAUUUCCUAGACAUAUAGCAUGUCCAGAAAUGCUCGGAUCAUAAUUUAGCACUCGUCAGACUGUGAAUGACAAUUUAUUGAGAGCAGCAGAGAACACGAUGGUCCUGUUUCCACCUUUUGUCAUCCUCCUCAAUCAGGCUCAGCCCUCCGACUGAGUGUGUGUAGAUUAUAGCUCUGACCUCAUUAAGGUCAGCUGAUCUAUCUUCAGAGAGAUGUGGGCUUCGAGUUAAAUGACAGUGUAAAUAAACUCCAGAUGGGCCUUUUAAUGAGCCUUUUAUGGAUUAUCUUGGCUCGGAUAUGUUUUUGUUUUUCCGCUUGGAAAGACUUUUCAAAGACUUUUUUUUUUUUAAAUGAGUUAUGUUUUAGCCGGUCUUUGUCUGCUGGUUUGUGUCAAGGGCCAGUCUGCUACUUUGUUGUAAAUAGUGUGGAGGGUGUGUGUUCAGUCCAUCCAUGCCUCACUUUCUGACCUGCCUUCUACAAAAAGCGACCAGUGUAAUCAGCACAUUUCCUCAUCGGUAAAGUUUGACCUCCUGUUGUACAGACGGUCGUACAGAGCUGCUGACCAGCUAACGUGUGGAACAGAGAAACUCCUUCACUGCUGUACAGAACAAAGUCCUUAAUAAAAGAAUUUAAAGUGUU